ACACCUGCCAAUUACGUCAGCGUAUUUAUAGACCACCGGGAAGACGACACGUCGAAACUUUGCGCCUCGCUUCAGCUCUUGCAGCGUCACCGUCCGGACACCUGGCCGGCUCUGAAGAUACAUAAAUACACCUUGUCUGGAGCCUUCCAUCGUUUGACAAGGGAAAUUAACGCCGUUGGAGAGAAUGAAAAGUGGAGUGUUUCUAUUCGGGUUUGCCUUGUUGGCCCUGACUUGGACGCCGUCUCCUGUGCAUGCAUGGGGUAGCAGCAGCAAUAAGGACAAGGUUCUUCUGAAAGAGGUGACGGCUCUGACUCUGGAACAAGGAAAGAUGACAACUGGUCGAAGAUCCUCUCCAGUUCAACAGCUCAAGUGUGUAGGUGGUAGUGCAGGGUGCUCGUAUGGCAGUCAACCUCGUGUUGUCCAGUGCCACAACCGAGGCUUCGAUGGAUACGACGUUCAGUGGGAGUGCAAGGCUGAACUGGACUCGAAAUACCAGUUUGGUAAGAUCCAGGUCUCCUGUGAAGGCUACGAAUAUCCUGACGACCCAUACAUUCUAAGAGGAUCCUGUGGGUUGGAGUAUGAACUGGACCUCACCCAACACGGAGAGGACGGUAACAGCCACCACGGCAACUAUCACCACGACAACGGCUACCAAGGUUACCCUCACCAGCAGGGUCGCAAGUCGUGGAGUUGGGUAGGUCUGUUAGGACUGGCUGUGGCUGCGUUCAUCUUCUACCAGGUCAUAAAGGGAUGCUUUGGUGGAGGCCACAGGUACAAAUUAUAAAUAAAACUCGCUAUGGAUGAUGUAAUGGGAUAAGAAAUAAGUCACAGGUUUUAGCAAAUUUCUGUGUGGGGUGUCACCCAUUAUACUGUGUUUUGUAUCAACAAACGUUUUCUCCUGCAAAAAUUUUAUAGAACAGAUAUGUGUGUAAUGAUUGAUAUCGACUGCUCUCUAUAUAAUGUAUCUCCACAGACAAACUGCAACUCCUGGAAGCUCUUAUUCAGGAUCUCAGACGUACUCUUCUCCGCCUCCAUCAGGAGUGGGAGGAGGAGGAGGAGGAACAGGUUUGGGAGGGUUCUGGACCGGAGCUGCCACUGGUGGGGCUCUGGGGUAUCUCUUUGGUAACCGCGGAGGAGGAUAUGGCGGUUGGGGAGGAGGGUACGGAGGUUACGGGGGUAGAGGUUACUCCCGUGGUUACUCCUCUGGGUGGAGCUCUCCCCGCUCGGGCGGAACCUUUGGCGGAGCCUUUGGCGGAGGGGGAGGUAGUAGAUCCUCUUCCUCUCGUACCUCCUCAGGUUUUGGAGGAACCAGCCGGAGGUAAAGUGCAAGAUCAGAGCGACUGCAAAAAGACUUGGACUCUUUAAAUUUCACACAAUAACAGAACCAUUCACUAGCAUGCAGUGUUUAGCCCUUCACUAAUGUACAAUAAAUUUGAGUUGUCAUGUGCCCAUUUUUAGACAGUGCUAAAGCCCAUAAAAAUUUUAAUGGAAAUUUCCUA